AAAAUUUUUUUUUUUUUUAAAAUUUCCCGAAAACAUUUCGUUUUUCUUUGUAAUAAAUUUUUGCGAUAAAGUGUUGACAUUAAGUGCGAAAAUAUCAAGGCGAUAAAAGUGAUGAUGAAAUAUUUCGAAAUUUUUGUUUUAUUCGCUUUAUUUAGCAUUACAAUGGUGGUAACAAAUGCCGAGGACGAUGACGAAAACGAAAUUGGGAUGACUUUGGAUGAGUUGGCCGAUGCUUUGGAAUCAUUUGCGGAGGACUGCGAACCCAAGCCUGAGAGAGAUCAUAUUAAACAGUUAUUAACUAAUGACGAGAAUCCUCAUGAGAAUUCGAAAUGUUUCCGUCGCUGUUUAAUGGAACAAUUUGAGUUGAUCGACGAGGGUCAGUCACAAAUGAAUAAAGAUAAAGUUGUCGAUAUGAUGGGUAUGAUGUAUGCAGAUAAUAAGGAAGCAAUGGAAGAAAUUGUCGAUCAUUGCAAUACGAAAAAUGGAGCCACUACUGAAAAAUGCGAAAAUGCCCAUCAGCAUGGUAUGUGCAUUUUGAGCCAGCUCAAGGAGAAGGGCUUUAAGGUACCCGAAGUCAAGGAAUGAUUUCCAAAAUUCAUACGCUCAUACGCCCUAUUAAAUUAAGUAACGAUGUGUUUGGCGUUCUCCACGCUUUGCAUUAGUAUCAUCAUUCUUGUCGUGGCAGUUUUCCACUCUUAAAAAUUCUUCUUAAAAUGAUUUACUUUAGGUGUAAUCUUUGCUGGGAUUUAGUCCGUGGCCUUCUUUAAAAAUUAUUUAUUAAGUUAGU